AUGAAAAUAAUAAUUGCCAAGCUUGUAGCGAAUAAUUCUCAAGAUGCUUCAAUUAAUAACAUACUUAAUAAUUAUGGUGAUCUUGAAGACGUUUUAACCAAUAAUGAUGAAUUUGAAGAUAGUAAUAAAAGCGAUGAUGAUCUUAAAUACAGUAAUGAAAGUGAUGAUGACCUUGAAUACAGUAAUGAAGAUGAUGAUAUGUUGAUUAAUAAUGGCAAAUCUGGAGAUAAUAAUGAAGACAAAUAUAAUAAACUUGAAGAUAUAUUAAUUAAUGACCUUGAAGACAGUAACAAUGAUUUUGAAGAUAUUUUAAUUGAUAGUGACAACUUUGAAAGCAGUGAUAAUGACUUUGAAGACAAUAUUGAUGACUUUAAAAAUAAUAUUGAUAGCAUUUUAAUUAACGAUAAUGAUUUAUCUACACAAAAGAUAGCAGAUGAGCCUGUGUUUUUCAAACCAUAUAACAGUAAAUAUGGUCUAUACUUCACUAAUUUUACUUAA